GCGCGAACUGUGGCGCUCUUCUCGUGAUGGGAUCUAUCUUCAUGAGGUGAUUUUAGAAAUAAAGAGUGAGUGCACGCAGAUGGAGGUGUUUGUGCUGCUGUCAGCGCUGCUGUGCGUUCAGACCUCCGUCAGCUCUCCAGUCUCCACAGCUGCUCAGGCUCAGGGUUUUCUGGAGCGAUAUGGAUACCUGCACAAGGAGAAUGAAUCUCACAGCACAGCUGAAGUCAAGUCUGCCAUCAGAGAGUUUCAGAGGUUGUCUCAGCUGCCCGUCACUGGAGGACUGGACAGGGUCACUCUGGAGAAGAUGAGCUCGCCCCGCUGCGGGGUUCAGGACGCCUGGGGUCAAAGGGUCAGCAGGGACUUCACAGGCCGACAGCUCCGGAAGAAGCGUUCUCCUCAGACAGGAGAGAAGUGGCACAAACGUCACCUGACGUAUCGUAUCAUGAACUGGCCGCGUAAUCUCUCUCCCAGUCAAGUGCAUAUGGCAGUGAAGAUGGCAUUCCAGCUGUGGAGUAACGUGUCCGGACUGAUCUUCCAGGAGCUCCAGCAGGGUCCUGCCAACAUCCGGCUGGCCUUCUUUGAAGGAGAACAUAAAGAUGGGACAGGAAAUGCAUUUGACGGGCCAGGUGGUGCUCUGGCUCAUGCAUUUUUCCCUUUCCGCGGUGAAGCUCAUUUUGACUUGUCUGAACGCUGGACCCUGAAUGGUCUCAAAGGACACAACCUGUUCCUGGUGACGGCCCAUGAAAUUGGCCACACUCUGGGAUUGGUGCAUUCGCCUGUCCGUCACGCUCUAAUGUCACCGUACUAUAAGAAGAUGGGCUCGAAUGCGCUGCUCAGCUGGCAUGAUAUCACUGCUGUACAACAGCUGUACGGGAAACCAGCGGGGGAUUCAGUGCAGCAGUUGACGGGAAGGGCUCUGAGAUGGGCCAUGUGGGACUGGCAGACUUCUCCAGACCCUAAAGGAGGUUCCCGCACACCCCAGUACUGCCAGGGCUUCUUUGAUGCCGUCACCAUGGAUGAGGAUGGGACAGUGCUGGUGUUUCAGGGCCAUCGUUUCUGGACGGUGUUUAAUGGCAGAGUGAGCGCUCCUCUUCCUCUUCACACACGCUGGCCAAAGCUGUCAUUGGCUAUUGAAGCGGCUGCCUUCUCUCCACUCGACAGCAAACUCUACUUCUUUAAAGGACGGCGGAUCUGGCGUUACUCGGGCUCUGAUCUGGACCCUGGAUUCCCCAUGAAGAGCAGUGAUCUGGGUUUGCCGAUUCACCCUGACUGUGCCUUCUUCUACCAGCCGCUGGGACGCAUGGUGCUCUUCAGAGGAUCCCGAUACUACGUCCUGAACCCGGAGUCUCUCAGCGUGGAGCCGUACUAUCCUCGUGCCCUGCGGGACUGGAAGGGGCUUCCACGCAGACUCAACGGGGCCUUGACUCGACCGGACGGAAAGCUGUAUUUCUUCAAAGAGCAGCAGCACUGGAGGUUUGAUCCUGGAAAGGUGCGGAUCACUGCGACUGGACGGUGGGCAGAGAAACUGCCGUGGAUCGGCUGCCACACAAAUCCAUCACUACGGGAUAAUGAGCUACUCUGACCAGCAGAGGGAGACAAACGAGAUUCACAAUACCACACCACAGAAAUACCGUGCUUACCGCAGUCUACAAAUGUAUGGAAGCCCGUUUC